CGUCAUUGGUCUGUUUCACAUGUCUGCUGAUGUACCCGGUGUAAAUGUUCGAUAAUCUGACUAAAUACAUCGGUGACCCGCGCUAGGUUCGUUUUCGUAUCUGUUUUAUAUCGCUUUUGUUUGUUCAUUUAUGUUAUUAUAUCAUUGGACUCUUCUUUUACACCGUUGAACUCUUACCAAAAGGAAGAAAAGGCUCGUCUUGUUGGCUAGCAUAAUACCGUGGUAACAGACGGUAACAAGAGCUAGAGUCCAGUCUUUUUUCUACUCAAACGUAAGAAUGGGAGAGGAAAUAAAUGAACAUACGGGCAGCGGACCUGUUAACACCAACAGUAAUGAGAACAACGGAGAAACUGCCGACGGGGGAGCAAAGUAUUACACAUUAGAGGAGGUCCGAAUGCAUAAUAUGAGCAAUGACACGUGGCUAAUCAUCCAUAAUAAGAUAUACGACAUUACAAGUUUUCUAGAGGAGCAUCCAGGAGGGGAGGAGGUUUUGCUGGAGCAGGGAGGGUCUGAUGCCACAGAGAGCUUUGAAGAUGUCGGUCAUUCUACAGAUGCCAGGGAGAUGCUCCAGCAGUACUACAUUGGAGAGCUUCACAUGGAGGACAGGAAGAAGGAGAACACAAAGGUAGCAGACGCUAAAGAUUCUGGAGAAUCCAGCAGCUCCUGGGCCAUGUGGUUGAUACCCACCGUAGCUGCAGCUGUUGUUGGUGUCCUGUAUCGUUUCUUCAUGUUUGAACACAAGUCUUCUUGAGAGCUUUAUUUCAAUCUUCUUAUCUGGAGGCCUUGCUUUUUUCUUUCUUUUUAUUUUUUGACCAAACCCAUUUCAUGCUGAAAAAAAAACACAACUGUUUGCAUCUUCUGCUACAAGAGAGAAGGAACCACUUCAUAAAUAUUUGUCCUUGUUUUGCUACAUAGUGUGCAUGAAACACAAAGUCAA